UCUUCUUUUCACUUUCAUUCAUUUUCAGAGUAACAAAAAAAACAUCAUCAUGGAACAACAACAACAAUUGAACUUAGAUUUGACUUUAGCCUCUGUUCCAAAAACCGUUUCUCAUUUCCUCAACAACGUUGUUCAAACCAAAGACAUGUCUCAGAAACUUUCAAUGCUUGAUGACUUAGUUCAUAGCUUGGAAGAAGAAAUGAAGAAAGUUCUUGCUUUCAAACGUGAACUCCCUCUUUCCAUACUCCUCCUUAAUGAUGCUAUAGCAAGAUUGAAUGAUGAAAAAGAAAAAGUUAGGUUGAUGAAAAUGGAUGAUUUGAAAGAAAACUGUGAUAAUAAGAAGAAUUGGAUGAGUUCAGCUCAGCUAUGGACUAAUGAAACAAAAUCGAAGAAUGAAGGUGAUGAUGAUAGGACUGUGUUACAUAAGGGUAAUGGUGGAGAGGUAUUUAUGGGAUUUACUGAAAAUUUGUUGAAGGAGGUUUCACAAGCUAAGAGCUUUAGUUUGGUCUCUGAAGUGAGUCAUGGAAAUUCCAAGAGUGGUGGUGGAAGUUCCGGAUCGUCUUUGUUGCGUGUUGAGAUACAGAAUCAACCUCAGCCGCCGCAACCUUUGCAGCAGAGUUCCAGGAAACAAAGGAGGUGCUGGUCGUCGGAGCUUCAUCGCCGAUUUGUUGAUGCACUUCAACAGCUUGGUGGAGCACAUGCAGCCACUCCUAAACAAAUUAGGGAAAAGAUGCAAGUGGAUGGAUUAACAAAUGAUGAAGUGAAAAGCCAUUUGCAAAAGUAUAGGCUCCAUGUUAGAAGAUUCCCAGUUUCUUCAAUUCAGGAGGCUAACAAGUUAGCCUUAUAUAUGGCUCAUGAUCAAUGUGAAGAAGAUACAUCAGAGGGAAACUUCUCAGAGUCUGUUUCCCCACAGGGUCCUCUUACCCCUCUUCUCCUUGGUGGAUCUGCUCAAGGUCUCUCAAGCCAUGGAAGAAACAGUAUGGAUGCAGAAGAUGAGCAAUCAGAUUGCAGGAAUUGGAAAAGCGAUUAGGAGCAGCAACAUGAAGCUGAAUAAAUAAUCAAAGCCUCUAAAUUUUGCUGAGUGAAGACAUUAUUAUAAUAAAACAUAUAGAUGAAGAAUGUGAACUUAACAACAUAAAGAUAAUAUAUAAUAUAUCUAACAAAGAGAACUAUAGAGAAAUUUAAGUUUUGUGCCAUAGUGAUUUUGUUUUUCAUAAUUAUGCUAUGGUUAUUUUAAACUGUUGUGGAAAGAGCUGCUAAUAUAUUUUGCAGAAUUUUUCCUAUCUGAUACUGAAGGAGGUUUUUGUUGUAACCAGUACAGUUGAAAGUAACUGUAUUUUAUUUACAGUACAAUUGUCAUUGAUGAAUUCUCAUUUAUGAUAUUUGCUUUGAUUUCUUAUGA